AUUGACUGGGGGAAACGAGUGCUUUCUGUCGGUGACAUCCAGCAGAAGGUGAAGGAAUUCAAUGCUCAAAUCAACAGCAAUCUCUACAUGGUGCUGUGCCGGACCUCUUUCUACCUCCCCAAAGACACAGCCAAACACCUGCACAUAAGCUCCAGGACACAGGUACGAGAGGUCAUAGAGGCCCUGCUCAACAAAUUCACUGUGGUGGACAACCCGGCCAAGUUCGCCCUGUUUGAGCGCAGUGAACGUCAAAACCAGAUAUACCUCCGUAAGAUGUCUGACGAGCGGCCGCUCCACCUGCGUCUGUGUGCCGGACCUAAUGAGAUAGUCCUCAGUCUGGUGUUGAAAGAGAAUUAGACUGGUGAGGUCAAUUGGGAUGCAUUCAGCUUCCCUGAGUUGCACAAUUUCCUGCGGAUCCUUCAGCGUGAGGAGGAGGAACACGUCCGGCAGAUCAUCAAGCGCUACGCUCUGGGCUGGGACAGGGUGAAGGAGGCAAUGGCCAGCAUCACCACCCCCGGCUGA